AUGUCGAAAGCAUAUUCUGGAUAUAAAUUAAAUAAUCAAACAAUUUUAGAAGAAUAUAUUGAUGAAAAUUAUGACCCAACUCAAGAAGAAAUUCAUGAAUAUGCUAUUUAUAUCGGAAUUGAUCCAGAGAAAGAAAAAGAUCUUCUUUGGUUAGCAAGAGAAGGUCUUAUGAAACCAUUACCAUCUGGUUGGAAACCAUGUCAAGAAGAACAUGGAGAAUUAUAUUAUUUUAAUUUUAAUACUGGAAAAUCAUCAUGGGAUCAUCCAUAUGAUGAAAUUUAUAAAGCACGUGUUAUUCAAGCACGAGAAAAGAAAACUACAUCAUCAAUUAUAUUUGAUACAAUUUCAAAAGGAAAAAAUACAUCAAGUUUAAGUGAUUUAUCCAGUGGAAAAAAUCCACAAAAUCUACCUAUGCAUACAAAAAAUGAUACAGUAGAUAAUCAAUUUGAUUCUCAAUAUAUUAACAGUGAUUCUAAUGGUGAAUUAAACAAUAGUGAAAAUGAUCAAACACAUAGUAGCAGUGAUUUUCAAAAAGAUGUCUCUUUUGGUAUUGAUCGUGAACUAUCUGCACGUAUUGAACGUGAAGAAAAUCAACCAUCAGGAGUUAUUACUGCAUCUCCUUCUUCAAUACCAUUUACUGAUAACACAGGUUAAUUGUUUUUAUGUACAAUGUGAUCUAUAAAUAACUAGACUAUAAACAAAUUCAAUAUCUUCAGUCUAUUUUAAUUAGUCAGGCUGAUUUAUUUCUUGGUAACAGAGGAUUCUUCAAAGUUUCUAUUCACAAGGGUACUGUAUACAACUAGCACUAUUAGCCAAAAAUAUCUUAGUCGUUCUUAGACUUAGACAUGUAGGCCAAUGAGACCAGACCGGUCUUAAUCGCUUGAGCUAACGAGAAGUUAUAAUAUAUGAUGGUUCUUCUCACUAGUUGUUCUGUAACUCAAGAAAAGUUUAUGAAACUAUCAUUAUGUAAUCUUUUAAUGUAACUAUUUAUGCUUUAAAUUUCAUCGAGUUUUAUCAAAGCGUUCAAAAGCUACGGAUAUUUUAUAUAAUGACAGGUUGACCAGAUCAUAAACUCCUUCCUUUGUCGAACUAUAGACCUACUAGUGAGAAGAAAUAUUAUACAUCAUAAUUCUUCAUCAGCCCAUGUAAUCAAGACUCUAGAUACUUUCUGUCAGUAGUGCAUUUCUUUAUUGAAGUCAAUAGUAAUAGUUCAAAAUAGUAUCUA